CGGAAGCCAUUUUACAUAUGCGUAAUUUAAAGCAAUUACAGGCUAAUUGAGCCUUUACAAUUGACCCUACACUCAAGGUGUUGGCUGUAACAUUUUUGGCCCUUUGGUUUUAUUGUACAUUUUCUUUGAUACUAACCUAAAAAUACUAUUUGUUUAUUAUGAAUGGUCACCAGACAUAUGCAUGCAUCAUGUGUCCAAAAAAAAAAAAAAAAUACUACUGAUUUAUAAGAAAACCACAAAAUGAUAUUUUUUGGCGUAUUUCAAACAGUCCCCUUUGAAAGUUUUAGAACAGCAAGGCCAAUUCUAUUGUUUAACCCCCCCGAUGAAGUCCUUUGUUGAGUUGGCAGUGCUUUUUGGAUCAUUGUCACGCUGCAUGAUACAGUUCCUCCCAAUUAGAUUGGAUGCAUUUCUCUGUAAAUUGGCAGACAAAAUGUUUCUGUAUUCUGAAUUCAUUCUGCUGCUACCAUCAUUUACAUUCACAUUUAUGGCAUUUGGGAGACACCCUUAUCCAGAGCAACUUACAGAAGUGCUUUGAAGUCUCUAUCAAUAAAUGCAUCCCGAUACUGGUUCACUAGGUCACGGACUAAGAAUAUCAUCAGUCUUAAAACUCUGUUGGGAGGUAACAUAGUAAGAAAAACACAGACAACACAAGUUGUUUUUUUUUUUGUUUGUUUUUUUUUUUUUUUAAUGAAAAGUGCUAAUUUAAGCACUUUAGGAAGAGGUAUGUCUUUAGGUGUCAUUUUAAGGCCGCCAGUGACUCAGCUGUUCGGACAUCUAGGGGAAGUUCAUUCCACCACCUAGGUGCCAAAACUUAGAAGAGUCUUGAUACAUGCCUUUCUUGUACCCUGAGAGAUGGUGACACCAGUCUAGCUGUGCUAGAGGAUCGGAGGGAGCGUGGUACAGUGCGAGGUAUGAUAAGUGAUUUCAGGUAAAUGGGUGUUUUUUCAAUCUUCCCAUUAUAAAAGGUGGCAAAGUCUUUGGCAGUCAGGGAGGAUGGAGCAGGAGGAGCCGGUGGGUUGAGUAGUGAAGAAAAGAUGUUGUGGCGCUUGCGAGGGUCUUGUGCAGAAGUUUCCAGCUUUUCCUUGUAGAAGGCAGUCUUAGCAGAAGUCACUUCAGAUGAAAAUUUGGACAGGGUAAGAAAUCUUCCUGGGUUUAGAGGAUAGAGGGCACAGAAGAUCUAUGGAUGAGGAAAGUUAGGAGAGGAAAGUGUCUGUGGCAAUGGUAGGGAGGAAAACGAGUCGGGGUUUGGAAGGAAUGAUAGGGUGCAGGAAGCUAUGGAGGAAGGAGAGAUAGAAUGGAGGUUUCGACAGGUAGGAGAGAAGUAUUUAUAGCUGGUUUUAGGCAGGAUAGGGAGGGUGAUGGUGAAGGAUACCAUGUGAUGAUUGGAGGUGUAGAGUGGAGUAGCAUUGAUGUCUGUAGCUAGAGAGGGGCGCCUGAAGACCAGGUCCAGGGCAUUUCCUCCCUUGUGUGUGGGUGGGCAACCGUUGAAUGUUAAAGAAAGGAAUGCCGAAGAGGGAGAAGGCAAGAGGACUCAAGCUUGUCAGAGGGGAGGUUGAAGUCUCCAAGGAUUGUAAAAGGGGUGCUGUCUGUAGGGAAAAUACUGAGGAGCAUGUCCAUUUCUUCAACAAAGCCUCCUAGGGGACCAGGAGGGUGGUAGAUGACGAUGAUGAGAAGGUUGAUCAGGGAGGUAACUGUAAGAUGAGAUGUUGAGAUGAGACAGGGAGAGAGGUGUGAAGCACCAUCUCCGAGAAAACAGCAGACCUGUACCACCACCCCUGCCAGUUUCUCAUGGAGUGUGAGAGAAAGCAUAAGCAGAGGAUAGAGCAGCCGGUGUAACUGAGUUCUGUGGAGAUAUCCAGGUCUCAGUUAGGGCCAGAAACUCAAGGGAGUAAUGGGAAGUUAAAGCUAUAUAUAUAUAAAUAUAUCUUUUAAUGUUGUCUACUAUGCUUCUUUGUGAUCUUAACUAUGUACAUCACAUUGGUGAUGUACAUUAUAACUGACCCCACUCUAGCCUAGGCUUUUUUUUUUCCAGUGCCAAUAACUUGUAUAUAAAUGCAGUCCAGGGUGCGGGUGCGAGUGCGUGCGCUCUGUCGGUAGGCUCGCGCUCUAAUCGGUUUAUAUUCCGGUGUGGGCCGGAGGCGGGGCGGAGCGGAUUACCCCCUCGACCUUUUAUCCGAGCGCUCCGUUUUCUUCACCGCGGUUAAGAGUGCAGUAACGGCGCGGAGUGAAGAAGAAAAUCGUGCGAUGCGAGUGUCGCAGGGAAAAGCAGCGGGCUUGCGAGCAGACCCAUGCGCGCGCGUGUGAAGAGGAAACGCGGAUGUAGCACAUGGAUUGUUUCGGUCUCAGGUGUGCGACGCUGCUGCUCGCGGUGACGCUCGCGCCGCUCGUCACAGCACUUAAGUGUGUGUGUCAGCUGUGUGCGAAUUACACGUGUGAGACGGAGGCUGAGGGCGCAUGCUGGAACUCGGUGAUGCUCAUCAAUGGGAAGGAGGAGGCUGUAAAGUCCUGCCUGUCCCCCAGUGAGCUGAAGGGACAGGUGUUCUGCUACAGUUCCAAAGAUGUGUCAAAACGCAACUGCUGCUUUACUGAUUUCUGCAACAACGAAACACUUCACUUGCGCACAGAAACAUCCGCUGAGGACUCUGAUUGGGGACGGCUUGAGUUAUCAGCUAUGAUCCUGGUGCCGUCCUGCCUGCUGUGUGUUGGUGUGUUUCUGGGCGUGUGUGCCGUCCGGAACCAGCGCUGCCUGCACAGUAAGAGCCGAAACCAGGAUCCAGAGGAGCCUCUGGACGACCAGAGUCUUGUGUCAUCAGAGAAAUGCCUGAAAGAACUGAUCUAUGACUUGAGCACUUCAGGCUCGGGAUCAGGGCUGCCACUGCUGGUACAGAGAACAAUAGCACGGACCAUAGUGCUGCAGGAGAGCAUCGGUAAGGGUCGUUUCGGAGAGGUCUGGAGAGGGAAGUGGCGAGGAGAAGAUGUGGCUGUGAAGAUCUUCUCUUCCCGAGAUGAACGCUCCUGGUUCUGCGAGGCCGAGAUCUACCAGACCACCAUGCUGCGGCACGAGAACAUCCUGGGCUUCAUCGCAGCUGAUAACAAAGAUAACGGUUCAUGGACUCAGCUGUGGCUGGUGUCGGAGUAUCAUGAACACGGCUCACUGUUUGACUACCUAAACAGAUAUACGGUAUCUGUGGACGGCAUGAUCGUCCUUGCACUGUCCAUUGCCAGCGGCCUGGCUCACCUUCACAUGGAGAUCAUCGGCACUCAGGGAAAACCAGCCAUCGCUCACAGAGAUAUAAAGUCCAAGAACAUCUUGGUGAAAAAGAACAGCACUGCAGUUAUCGCUGACCUGGGACUGGCUGUCAAACACGACUCCACAACCAACACUGUCGACAUCCCGGCUAACCACAGAGUGGGCACCAAGAGGUACAUGGCCCCUGAGAUUCUGGAUGACACCAUUAACAUGAGCAGCUUUGAGUCAUUUAAGCGGGCUGAUAUCUAUUCUCUGGGUCUGGUGUUCUGGGAACUGGCCAGAAGAUGUUCAGUCAGAGGGAUACAUGAGGAUUUCCAGCUGCCUUAUUACGACCUGGUGCCUUCAGAUCCGUCGAUGGAGGAAAUGAGGCGGGUCGUGUGUGAGCAGAAACUGCGGCCCAACAUCCCCAACCAGUGGCAGAGCUGUGAGGCCCUGCGAGUGAUGGGUAAGAUCAUGAGGGAGUGCUGGUACGCCAACUCGGCCGCUCGCCUCACUGCGCUACGUGUGAAGAAAACCAUCUCUCAGGUGACGGUGGUCAAGGACGUUAAAGAGUAGCGCACACACUACCCUCUCAAAGGUGCUGAUGACCUUUGAGUGACCCCUUCAUCACUCAUUAAGGGACCAAAUUUCAAAACUCUUUGUUCUGUUGAUGCCAAAUACUCCAGUGUGUAGCAGUGGAGCCUUCUCUCUGCCGAGGGACGGAGAGCGAGAAGGAUUUCGAGUUGCUCAGAGUGAAUCUGGUCUCGUUUCGAGAAUGCAGAAGGUGCAGGGAGUAUGCAGAGGAACUAUGAACUUGUGUAGGAGCAAGAAUUCAGUCAUUAUCUGGAUGGCUUACUAAAUACGGCCUAUUUUCUCACUUGACUUGUUUUCUUCAUCUCUUGUUUUCUUCAUCUCUUCAUCGCUUCUCUGUAUGUUGUCUUUGCUUCCUUUACAGCCUCUUAACUCCUUUUAUGUCGUCUGUUCUCGUCACUUUCACACCUCGCUCCUCCCGUGGCUUUAGGGGUUCCUCUACCUGCUGCAGCACAUUGAAAAGUUGCACAAAAAAAAAAAAAGAGGGAGAUUGUACCCAAUCACUCUUUGCAUUUUUCAGUAACGGGACAGUUAAUAUGUGUUAAUAGUGUAUACUGAGUUGCCAGUUCAUUAUGUACAUCUACCAGGUAUCUACCCUUAUUGAACAUUUUAUGAGGUACAACUACAAUAUAGGUCAUUUUUAUCUGUCUACAAGGACUAAUUGUUGCUCAUCUCUUGGUCUACUCAAUUUCCUAUCUAUCAGUGGAAAGGGACCACCAUAAGACUAUGACUGCGUAAAUGUUAUUUGAGUGGUGAGCAUUUUCAGGACAGCUGAGACAGUGACGUGAUCGCGUGUGUGGUCCUGGUAUGAGUGGGUCAGGUGGAGCAGUGUUUCCGGGGUUUUUAUACUUCUUAAUGUCACUUCUGGAAGUCCACCAACCGAAAAUAUCCACCCAACAGCCGUGCUGUAGUCAGAACCUGACGCAGAUGAUUAACACAAAAUGUUGUGUGUACAAAGUUUUUGCCAUUUACGGUAUUGGUAGAUAUCCAGUAUAACCAAUAAGCAACUUAUAUGUAUCUCAUUUAUAUAUCUGAGCAGGUAAGGGUUAAGGGCCUUGCUCAAGGGCCCAGCAGUAUCAGCUUGUGGUGCUGCGGUUUGAACUCACAACCUUCCAACCAGUAGGCCAACAUCUUUACACACUGAGUUACCACUGCUAACCACGGUUUCCCCUGUUGAACUACUGUUCCCAUGGCAACAAGGACCAUUUGUUCAUUUUUGUAAUUGUUUCUGUUUUGGUCUUGACACUUCUUGUUCUAUCAUUGCUUGGUUCCUCAAUUGUGUGCACCUGUUCCUGGUUUAGUCCAUGAUUAGUUUGUCUAUAAAUCCCCUGUUGAUUCAUUGUCUCGUUGCAAAGACUUGUCAUGCGUUAAGUCAGACUGUGUAUCCCAAGUGGCAUGUUUCAUAUUUUCAUGUUUACUGGGUUUUGACUAUUGCUUGUUCUUCAGAUUAUGAUUAUGGAUUAACCCAAGUUAUUGCCACCUAUCUGUGAUUUUCUCUUAAUGAAACCCACACUACUUUACACGUUUGUGUCCUACCUGAUCGAUCUACACAUUAUUAUAGUUGUAGGCAUCUAGUGUUAAGACAAUCCCAGAUUUCCAUCUCACAUUUGUAACAGGACCACACAUACUAACCAUGUCACUAUCGGUGCUGUCUUGAGAAUGAUCCACUAUUCAUACAGUAUCAGUUGCGGUCACAUGGUGGUCUUGUUCCAUUGAUGGACAGGGUAAAGGGGGCUGAUAGAUUGUACAUGACAACAGAUGAGCUUCUUUCAAUAUGAAUCUAUAAUCUAUAUGAUAGGUGUAACUAAUAAAAUAGUCAAUGAGUGGAGCUGCAAGGUGGGCACACUUAAUAAAGUGGUAACUUGAUGUACACUCGCCUUCCACUUUAUUAGGAAUACUAAUGUGUACACCUGCACAUUCAUGCAAUUAUCCAAUCGGCCAAUCACGAGGCAGCAGCGUAAUGCUUCAAAUAUUGCAGAUAGACGUUGAGCUUAGUUUAGCGUUCACAUUAGAACGGGAAACAAAUAAUCAUAGUCGAUUUGAUCAUGGCACGGUUGCUGAGUAUUUCCAGAAACUGCUGAUCUCCUGGGAUUUUCACACACAAUAGUCUGUAGUGCGAAAACCAAAAAGCCCCCAGAGAGCAUCAGUUCUGCAUGUGUUGAUGAGAGAGGUCAGAAUAUAAUGGUUAGACUGGUUUGAGCUGACAGGAAGGCUAUGAUAAGCCAAAUAACCACUCUUUACAACUGUGGUGAACAGGAAAGUCAAAAUGCACAACAUAUCAAGCCCUUGAGGCUACAACAGUAAGAAACCACAUUGGGUUCCACUGCUGUCAGUCAAGAACAGGAAUCGGAGUUACAGUUGGCACAGACCCACCAAAACUGGGCAGCCGAAAAAAGACCAGGCGACAGAUACAGGUGUUCCUAUUAAAGUGAAUGCAUAUUAAACAUCAAUAUUAUGAAAUGGUGAUGAGCCUGUUAAAUUAGCUUGCUGCAUUUGUCAAAUGGAAACACAAGCAUUUAUGUUCUGGUUAUACUCAUGUCUAGCUCAUAGCAUUGUCUAAAGCAUUGGAAUCAAUCUUUAUGGAUCUGCAAAUUUAAAGAUCUGACCCAACAAGCCAAGUGCUUUAGAAGCAUGAGCUGGAGCAAAAAAACUGUCACUUGAACUUUCUGCUAUUAUUGCUUUCAUUCUACUCUGCUAUACAAGUUGUACUCCCUGUACCUUUCCGAAUACAGUGAUGACUGCUACCUCAUGUGCUUUCUCUAAGAGCCAAAUGCUUCAAGUCACGCAUUUUAAGCGUUGUGCCAUAACUGCUUUGGCUGAUAUUAUGCCUAUAUACUGUAUUCUUUAUGUAUAUGUGGAAUGUUAUUGUUACUGAGCAAAACACUUAUGAGACAAAGGAUUGAUUGAUUAGCAAACAAUAAGUCUAUGGAUUAAUUAAUCACACCAUCCAACUAAGCUAUCUAAACAAGCAAUCAAAAAAUGUAUUC